AUGGCCGCCUUCGUGCGAGUGUCGGGGCCGCCGAAUGGCAAUUUUCUGAUCGGCUACCCCGGUAUAUCUGCAACGAUGCCACGUAUUGAAGGGAAAGUCGAGAUUCGACCCAGCGUGGGCGUCACCGCCCCUGUCCACGUUUCACUGAUCACUAUCUCCCUCCAUCGUCGCGAGACAAUACACCCUUCGGCAGACUCGAUGGCGAAGAAACGCCUGGCGCCGCCCAGGAAGGAAAUCACGGAUACCGUGGGCAAGGAGAUGCUUCUGUUCCGCUGUCCGGCGGGGCGAGAAUUCGAGGAGGUGAUCUCAAUGGAUCUACCGUUUGUCCUAUUCAUUCCGUUCGGGCGUGGGGGACCCGAUGCUUCGAGACGAGUCCCCCCAGCGAGCUUGCAAUUACCCAGUCGCACGGCGGAGACCUACUACGAGAUCGUGGUGAUGGUGCAGCAAGGGCAUUCGGACCAGAGGAAAUACUCAUUCCCCGUACCUAUCACGCGAUAUGACACGCUGUCCACGUUUGGCAUGUACAACCGCCCAGAGUCUGCAGAAAAGGUGAGCGACCACUUGGUUACGCUGGGGAUAUCGUUGCCGAGAUGGUCCUACGGCCCAUUGGACCCGGUGAGUGUGUAUGUAAAGCUGUCCCCCAACCAGGACUGGAUUAGCAAGGCGCGGAAGGUCACCAUCAGCAAGAUCACCAUCGCAAUUGAUGAAGAGAUUAUCUACAAUCACGAAGGCGACGAACCGCAACGGAAAGUGCGGACGUUGACCAAGAGAACCGAGCCCGUAGGAAUGAAGCUACCGCCGUCCGGGUAUUUAACAAAUCUGGGCCUGGUGUUUCCGGCCAAGGAUAUGCGAGAUGCGGAGGGGAUUCUACCCAGAGGGAAAGCGCCCUUUCCAACCUAUGCUGUCAGCGGGUUUACAACUACUGCCAGCCUCUAUAAGAUCGAAUACUAUCUAAUAGUAAAGGCGCACCUCGCUUCCGCACGAGACAUCAUCAUUCGCCAUCCGAUCGUUGUCUGUCCUCUUGACCACGCCGGGUGCAAGGAGGAAAUGGAGGCCAUUGAGCAGGCGGCUCGAGAUGCCGUCCAUGUGAACCCUGACAACCCCAUGCUGCCUCUGCCCUCGAUAGUCCGCCCUGGCGAUCACAACGCUCUACGGCAUCUGGGCGUGGCCAUUGUCGGCAAACAGAAGAAGCCGCUAAUCGACUGA